GUCAGAUAUCAGUCUAUAUUUUACAAAAUAAGGAAGUAAAAUCUGGCAGACAUAUUUGAAGUUUUACAAAUUCAUUAUGGCCUGUGGAGGGGGACAGGUUCCAGUUUCCUGAAGUCUUUGUGAGGAGAACACUAGAAUAGAAUGGAAGUGCCUAAACUGUGAUAUGCUCAUGUGUGACAAGUGUAAAGAGAAAAUCCAUGUGAAAUUCAAAUUUGCCAAGGAUCAUAAAGUUGUUUCUAUCCAGGAGGUGGGGCUUCAUGUAGAAGAAAUAGAUUUUUCCAGUAUUAGCUGUAAAAAUCAUUUAAAACAGAUUUGCUUCAUGUUUUGCAAAUCAUGUGACUGUUUAGUAUGUCCCCUUUGUAUCUCCGAAACACAUAAUGGCCAUGGUUUGGUAGCCAUCAAAGAGGGAUAUGAAAUCCAUACCAGUAAAUUGAAGACAGGGCAAAAGAAUAUAAGAACUAAAAUAGAUGAGCUGAAGAAAAGAAAAGCAGAAGUCAAUGAUAUUGAAAGCACUGAACAUUCAAGAUUGGAAAAUAUCAUGAAGAAAAUGAAAACUCAGAAAAAUGUGCUAAAGAAUGAAGCUGAUAAACACAUAGAGAAAUUAAAAUCAGAAAUAAUGAAAAAAUGGGAAGCUCUUCUUCAAUCUACAAAAAAAGAAGAAAAUGAAGUGACACUUCUCAUUGGAAGUUUGGAAUCCCAAAACUCAGAGGUUGAUGAUAUCAUCCAAUCCACUGACGGCAAGAGAGUCUUUGUGGAUGGUUUGGGGUUAGUUAAAUCAAUGGAGGAAACAAUCACACCACCUUGUACAAAGUUCGAUUCUAUUCCAACAUUUCUUCCUGGAAUCAUAACUGCUUAUAACAUUGGUUCAUUAGAAAAUAUUACAACGAAGGGUGAAAUCAAAAUUAUAAAACAAUUUUACUCUGAAAUGUCCAGCAUAGAUCAUAUAGCAGCAUGUUCUGAAGAUAUGUUGUGGAUUAAUGACCUGAACAUACUACAGAAAGUUAAAAUAGAAGGGUGUAGAUUGAAGGUAAUUGAUCAAAAAGAGGUUGACGUCUAUGGUAUGGCAUGUACUCCGUCUAAAGAUCUCCUUUUUGUGUCUGGAGAAUCUGUACUGAAGCAGAUCAGUGGCCAAACCAGUGAAGUGACUGAUUCCAUUUAUGAUGUAAAACAAGGACUAAAAAUAUCAGCUGUUCAUGUAAAUCCAGAUGGAAAAGUCACUGUUGGUGCUUAUGGUGGGAAUAUAAGCUUUCCAGCUGUAGGAAGACGGGUUGUCAUUGUUAUGGAUAAAAGUGGAAAACAUGAAACUACUUAUGAAUAUGACAGACAAGGCAAUUCUAUAUUUACAUAUAUUCGUAAUGUAACCAGAACAGAAAAUGGUAAUAUCUGUGUAGUGGACCAUUUAUCUAAAGAUUUAAGUGGUAGAGUGGUAAUACUGAAUGGGGAUGGAAAUGUUCUAAAUACUUUCAGUGGCCAUCCAGAAGUUAACACAGACAAAUUUCCUUAUAAACCAUUAUGUGCAUUCACUACACAUUCUGACAAUAUUGUAGUUUCAGACACAUUUUCUUCCAUUUUAUAUUUUUUUAACAGUUCUGGAAAUUUUAUUUUAUGGUGUGAUUUAAACAAAGUUGGAAUAUCUUCUUCGUUUUCUUUUUCUAUUGCUGACUCUGGACAUAUUUUCAUAGGAUGUACAGCUCCAGGCAGUAGUGAUUAAGCCAAAAUAUAUGAAGUGAAUAUUUCAUGACUUUAGAAAAAUUUCAAUUCGUUUGAGGAAAAAUCUUUGGAUGCUUGUACAAAGACAGUGUCUGUCUAAGUAGUUGUUUCUGUCUUUUUAAUAAAUUAUGUUUUAAAUAA